AUGUACCAAGCUGGUGCUCUGUUGGGUGGUCUGGGUGGCAGGCCCUUACCACGGUGGGUGAUUGGAUAUCAACCCCCAAGCCUUUUCCUUCAAUCGUCUCUUCUAAAAUCUACUCUUUCUAAGUCGUCUCCUCACCUAAAACAUCUUAUCAAAAAUGCCGGCGCCGGCGCCUCGAUGACCUUCCCGAUGCAGUGCUCGGGUCUUCGCAAGAACGGCCACGUUGUCAUCAAGGGUCGCCCCUGCAAGAUCGUCGACAUGUCGACCUCGAAGACCGGCAAGCACGGUCACGCCAAGGUCCACCUUGUUGCCAUUGACAUCUUCACUGGCAAGAAGCUUGAGGACAUCUCGCCCUCGACCCACAACAUGGACGUCCCCAACGUCCGCCGCACUGAGUACCAGCUCCUCGACAUCCAGGACGAGUUCAUGUCGCUCAUGGACGCCGACGGUGGCAUGAAGGACGACGUCAAGCUCCCCGACAGCGACCUCGGCAAUGAGAUCCAGAAGGCCUUUGACGACUCCAAGGACCUCAUGGUCACCAUUGUCGCCGCUAUGGGCGAGGAGCAGGCUAUCUCGUGGAAGGAGGCCCCCCAGGGCAACUAG